AUGUCUGAUAAUAAAAAUAAUGCAAGUAGUUCUAAAAAAUAUGAAUCAGAUAAUGCAUCAGAAAGUUUAGCUGAAAGUGAUUUGGAAACAAAAAUAAUUAUUUUGUUUGAUAAAAUUAAAAAUAUAUAUAAAGCUAUUGAAAACAAAGAAAAUAUUAAUUUAGAUAAAACAAUAAGAAUUUUAAAACAAGUUAGUGAUUUAACAAUAACAAACUAUAAUAGAGUUUAUAAAGAACAAAAUGAAACAAUUGAUGCACUAAAAUUAAUUAAUUUAAAUUUG